UUUUUUUUUUUUGUCCCUUUGAGAUGCAUGCAAUUCUUUUUAAAAAGUAAAUAAGGCUCUUGUAAAUCUUACAAUCCAGGAAUACCUUCCUUAAAUGCCUUGGAGCCAUGUCUUUGAAAUGUAAACAUCAAGGAAGAUAGCACCCUAUCUCUUGGUGUCUGUAAUAAACUACUAAGCUCUUGGCUAAACUUGUAACUACUUGCUUGUCAUAGAUACAAGAAAGUUUACUUUUCGUUUGGAUAAAGACAAUUAACUAAUGCAGUCGGCUCCUCCAAUUACCAUGAGAAUUUAGGAUGAAGUAUGUGUAGCCAUAAUAUUGCCAAGUCCUCCUACAAAUCUAGAACAUAGAAAUCCUGGCUAUAUAAAAGUGUUGUAUUUCUUUGGUUUUGUAAGCUCAUUAGCAGUUUGCCUGGAAUGCACAAUGCAGUCUGGUUUAACGCUUAUUUAAUAAAAUACUGUCUUCGUUUCUCCAUUUUUGGAGAUUUUCUGGGUUGGCAAGAGACUAUUUGGGUAGUUAUUUUCCCAUCACCUCUUACCUAGCAAACCGGUAUAGAUAGAUAGUCCAAAUGUAUUUUUCACUAUAUAGAUUCUACAUGUUUUAAAAUUUAAUUUUAUAAAAAUUUAGUAUUUUUGUAAUUGCUUUGAGAGGAAACUCAUUUCUACUGUUGGCACAGAGUAAGCUGAUGUCAUUAAGUUACCGACCAGGAAAUCAGCAUAUAUUCUGUACACAUUCCUUAGUGAAACGAUAGUUAAACAUACCAUUAGUGUAAAAUUUGAGUACAAAUUUCAGAAGAGUGUUCAUCAAGCGUUUUUUUUUUUUUUUUUUUUUUGUCUUUUGAAAAGUCGUAUACGUGGGACUCGUCUUCUGUUUUAGCUUAUUCAUAUUGUCUCUUCAUCACGUUUCACGCGUCAUUUUCAUUACUUUGAAAGCUAAAUUCCUAAAAUAAAGUCAGCUGUUACAGGGUGUUUUACUUGGAAUGCACUACUUUACUUAGUUCCAAGUACUUUCUUUAAACUACUAUCAAUAUUCAUCGAACCACCUCACAGUAGUUUUCCGUUUUCAAGAGCAUCCCACUAUGGGCUGCCUUUUCUAAUCCGUUACCGGUGAGAAAUGAAAGGCGGCAAACGCUCACUCAACAGACGAGGCCGAACCUCGUGACGUCACCCAAAGUGGAGGGUCGGCGAAGCCCCCGGGCAGAGUAGUUCCAGAGUGGGGCGCCGGGAGCCUUCUGCGCAUGAGCAAUUCGAGUAAUUCCAUCGCCCUUCAGGAAACGCCAUUUUCAGUCUCACGCCGCAGGGGGGGAGAGGACUCAGGAGCCUCAGGUCUGAGCAGCGCCGCAGAGGGCGGGGCCUGGAACCUGCGCGGGCCAGGAACCUAGCCCGAGCUGCUGCAGGUGUGUCGGAGGCCUCUCGGCUGGCGCCUGGCCGGGGGCGGGGGGAAGCCGGGCCUCCGCUGCUGCGCGGGAUCGGAGAACCUGGCCGUCGCCGGCGCCGUCCCCCUCUGAGCGCCAGACUGCCCUCUGAGAAGGACUGGGGAGGGAGUCAGGGUGGGGGCUCGCUGGGGAGGCUGGUUGUCCGCAGUCUGGUACCUCCCCUGAAGCCGUGUUUCUUGACCUGCGGGAGAAGGGCGGCUCCAGGAGGCCUGGGGCACGGGGCGUAGCGGGGACGAACGCGCGAGGGAAGAGCGGUUUGUGACGUGGAUCCCAAGCCCGUCACGUCCGGGCAGGCGCAGCGGCGGGGCAGGCCGCUGGAGACGCGGCGCUGCAAAGCCCGAAGGACCCGGGCUCAACUCCAGCGCCCGCCAAUAAAUAGGCAGGCUAAUCUGGGUACUAUACGACUCGAAUGCUCAUCUGUAAAAUUAUAGUAACAUUUCGAGUCAUUUUUUGUAUUAAAUAGGAUAGAAUAUAUAAAGUAUGAUAAGGAUUCAAUAAAGGUGAGCUGCUUUAUCAUUACAAGGUGAUUCCUGAGCUGCAAGAUAAGGUGUCUUAUGACUUCUAUCUUCCAACUUUCUCUGUCUGGCUUCAUAUUUUCUACUUCCCUAAUAGCAGCAGAAAAUGAACAAAUUCCGGGAGUAACCAUCCUAGAAGUUUCCCGUCGUGGCGCAGUGGUUAACGAAUCCGACUAGGAACCAUGAGGGACCAGUAACAUUUAAGGAUAUUACUGUGGAAUUCACCCAAGAGGAAUGGCAAUUGCUGGACAAUGCUCAAAGGACCCUGUAUAGGGAAGUGAUGCAAGAGAACUAUCAUCACCUCAUCUCAGUGGGUUAUUGUGUGAAUAAACCAAAUGCAGUCUUCAAGUUAAAGCAAGGAAAAGAGCCAUGGAUAUUAGAAGUAGAAUUUCCACGUCGAAACAACCCUGAAGACCUAUGGAAUAUUCAUGACCAAGGAGCAAAACAUAAGAAAAGUCAAGCUGAAAAUUCAAGGAAUGGAGAACUCACAAAACCUCAGGAAACUCUUACCAGAGAGAAAACCUAUAAAUGUAAUGAAUGUGGAAAGUCCUUCUGCCAAAAAUCUAUCCUCACAAUACAUCAGCAUACUCAUUCAAAGGACAAACCCAGCGAAUGUGGGAAAUCUCGGAAUGAAGACCUCACAAGACAACAGAAAACUAAUACCAGAGAGAAAACCUAUGAAUGUAAAGAAUGUAAGAAAACUUUCUACCACCUGUCAUCUCUCAGUAGACAUUUGAGAACUCAUGCAGGAGAGAAACCCUACGAAUGUAAUCAGUGUGAGAAAUCCUUCUACCAGAAGCCACACCUCAUGGAACAUCAGAAAACACACACAGGAGAGAAACCCUAUGAAUGUACUGAAUGUGGGAAGUUCUUCUAUGUUAAGGCAUACCUCAUGGUACAUCAGAAAACACACACAGGGGAGAAGCCAUAUGAAUGUAAGGAAUGUAGGAAAUCCUUUUCCCAGAAAUCACACCUCACAGUACAUCAGAGAACACAUACAGGGGAGAAACCCUAUAAAUGUAAGGAAUGUGGGAAAUUCUUCUCUAGAAAUUCACACCUCAAAACUCAUCAGAGAACUCACACGGGAGAGAAACCCUAUGAAUGUAAGGAAUGUGGGAAAUGCUUCUACCAGAAGUCAGCCCUAACAGUACAUCAGCGAACUCACACAGGGGAGAAGCCCUUUGAAUGUAAUAAAUGUGGGAAAAACUUUUACUAUAAAUCAGACCUCACCAAACAUCAGAGAAAACACACAGGGGAGAAGCCCUAUGAAUGUAAUGAGUGUGGGAAAUCUUUCUCUGUGAAUUCAGUCCUCAGAUUACAUCAAAGGACUCACACGGGAGAGAAACCUUAUGAAUGUAAGGAAUGUGGGAAAUCCUUCUCUCAGAAAUCACAUUUUGUCAUACAUCAGAGAAAACACACAGGAGAAAAACCCUUUGAAUGUCAGGAGUGUAAGAAAACUUUUUUCCAGAAAUCAAAACUCACUGCACAUCAGAAGACACACACAGAAGGGAAAAGCUUAUAAAUAGUAUAAAUUGGGAAAUUCUGUCUGAAUUCAUCCUUAAUAAUAAUUAGAUAAUUUACACAAAACAAAAACCUUAUGAAAUGUCAAUAGCAUGGGAAAAAUUCAGGCACAAUCUUUCUUCACAUAGAAAAAAUUAGGGAGGAAUUUUUACCAUAUGUCAUACUUUACUAAAUAUGAAAUAACAUAGAUGGCAGAAACACUACAAAUUAUAAAACAUGAGGUAACCCUUUCUUAACAAAAGGCAUACUUUAUUGUACAACAUAGGACUUCUAUAGGAAAGAUUUGUCAGGGUAGCGAUCAUUUAGAUAGCCCACGUGAGUGAGAAAUUCCUAUCAGUAUCCUGAGCAUUCAGAAACCUUUUCAAUACUAGUUGGGCUCAUUAGAACACUUGAAGGGAGAGUUCCCGUCGUGGCACAGUGGUUAACGAAUCCGACUAGGAACCAUGAGGUUGCGGGUUUGAUCCCUGCCCUUGCUCACUGGGUUAGCAAUCUGGUGUUGCCAUGAGCUGUGGUGUAGGUCGCAGACGUGGCUCGGAUCCCUCUUUGCUGUGGCUCUGGUGUAGGCUGGUGGCUACAGCUCCAAUUAGACCCCUAGCCUGGGAACCUCCAUGUGCCGCAGGAGUAGCCCAAGAAAUAGCAAAAAGACCAAAAAAAAAAAAAACAAAAACACACACACACACACACUUGAAGGGGAUAAUGAAAGAUUGCAACAUAUGGAAGGCUUUAUCAAGAUGUGAUGUUUCAGUCAUCAUAAUGAAUGUCAAAUCAUUGUUUUAAGGUAUAAAACCUUUAUAGCUAUUUUAAAUAUGUGAAAGCUUUUUUACAAAAAUUUAAAGAGAUUCUGUACCAAGGGAAACAAACAGUCACAUUGCAGAGAUCUGAUUACAAGGUUUUUCUUUUAAAGAAACCUGCAAAUGUCUAGAUAUAUGAAGCUUUUGAAAAAGCAUAAAUAAACUGAAUAACUAGGUGACAUCAUUUAACACGUGAAAAGUCCUUUAGUGUGUAGGACUUAUGUAUGAUUGUCAUUGUGCUACAGACCAGAUUUUGGAUGUUUGAUGUGCAUGUGAACUCAUCCAUAGUUGUACAUAGGGAAAUAUGUAGCCUUAGUUCAGUAACAUUUAUGUAUGUGAAGAUAUCACACAUUAAGUUUCAGCAAUGACUCCUGUUAUUAACAGAAUGUUAAUUUAAGUGUAAUAUUCUUUAAAAAUUAUAAUGUAUCUUUUUCUCUUAUUCCCUGACAUUAAUUCCCUAAUCCUUCAGAAGAAGCUAAAAGUGUUUUUGUAAAAUUUUCCACUCUCAUGGUUAGCCAAAUUUUACAUUAAGGAUACAUUUAUGUAUAGGAAAAACCUAAGUUCAUUUUUGAAAACACCCUACACAAUAAAAAACAUAAUGCUGUGUAAGGAAAUAUCUUACUGUUGAUGUUUUAGCAGGUUUCAGCGCUAUCUGCAUUUGUAUUUUGUAUGAGAGUCCUAAAUGUUAUCCACUACCUUUUUCUUCCUAGUAGAAACAACAUGACAUAGAAGUUAGUGUGGACUCUGGACCGCUACUGCCCAGGCUAAGUUUCUAGCAUAGGGCAUGCAUUUAACCUCUGUGCCUCAGUUUCCUUUUCUAUAAAAGGGAAGUGACAAUAACAAUAUGUUAGGAUUGCUGUGAGGUGUAAAUGAGUUAUUAUUUUUAAAGCACUUAGAAUAGUAUUUGAGACACAGGAAGAGCUAUAUGUUAGAUACUAUCAUAAUUUGUAUUUCUUGAAUUAUGCUGCAAAAAAAAUUAAAAGCUUUGCUACCAAUAUUUAUCCCUGACUUUAUUGCUGUAGUGCCUUGUUUGUUUUAGUUUUGCAUUUUUCCACAAAUGAUUCAGAUCUGGCCCACUGUCUACAAGCUAAGAAUGGUUUUACAUUCCUAAAUGGUUAAAAAAAAUAAAGAAUAUCUUAUGACAUG